AUGCCUUCUCUCCCUUCGACUUACAAGGCCGUUGUCCUCGACAAAGCCAACGCCACCUGGACCCUUCGCGACGUCCCCCUCAAGCACCCGGCCAAGGGCCAAGUCCUCGUCAAGGUCCUCGCCUGCGGUGUCUGCUUCGGCGACAUUGCUAUCGCUGGCGGCCACAUGGGCGAUGUCUUCCCCCGCGUCCCCGGCCACGAGAUUGUUGGCGACGUCGUCGACGUCGGCGAGGGCGUCACUCACUUCUCGGGCGGUGAGCGCGUCGGUGGCCCCUGGCAUGGUGGUCAUGACGGGACUUGCAGACAGUGCCAGCGGAGUCAGUUCCAGAUCUGCGACAACAAGGCUGUCAACGGUUUGAGCCAGGACGGUGGCUUUGCCGAGUACGUCCUCCUGCGCGAAGAGGCCGCUGUUCGCGUUCCUAAGGAGAUUGAUCCUGCGGAUGCUGCCCCCCUCCUCUGCGCCGGUGUCACCGUCUUCAACGGCAUCCGCAAGAUGCGCGUCGAGCAGGGCGCUCUCGUCGCAGUCCAGGGUCUCGGAGGUCUCGGCCACUUGGCUGUCCAGUACGCCAACAAGAUGGGCUACGAAGUUGCCGUCCUCUCAUCCGGCGACGACAAGGCUCAGUUCGCCAAGGAGCUGGGCGCCCACCACUACAUCAACACCAAGACGUCCGACCCUGCGGCUGAACUGAUGAAGCUCGGCGGUGCUGCCAUCAUCGUCCAGACCGCGCCCAAUCCUAAGGCCGUGGGCAACCUCGUUGAGGGCCUCGCGCCGUUAGGCAAGCUCCUGAGUCUCGCGCCCGUCGGCGCCGUUGAGUUUAAUACAGUCACUCUCGUCAUGAAGGGCGCCAGUGUGCAUGGCUGGCCCAGCGGCCAUGCCAUCGACAGCGAGGAGGCCAUCCGAUUUGCAAUGCUCCAUGGAGUCAAGUGCUUUGUUGAGAAGUAUCCUCUCUCCGAGGUCCAGCAGGCAGUCGACAGCUUGUUGGCUGGAAAGCCCCGAUUCCGGAACGUCCUGGUCAUGCAUAUGGUGAGUCUUCGGUCCCGUAGUCCGUCAGGCAUGCAUCGCAAUGCCAUCGCUAUCGCCCCCAACUCGGCCGUGUAG